UGAAAAAAAGAGGUGCUCUUGUGAAGCUGCUUCGCUUUGUUUAUAUCACAAUGAGGUUGGCAAUCGCAAGCUUUACAUUCCACCCUAAACCAUGGAAGCUCAAGGGAGAAAGCUCCAAUCGAUGUCGUCAUUACCACCUCAAUGCCCUACGGGUGGGGCUACCUUAAAUCGUCACAGGCUUCUACGUAGCCGGGGGUACAAACCAAUGAUGAUGAUGAUUUCGUUACGCUUUUUAACAACUUCUGAUAUAAGAGUUUCAUCAAUCAUAUAUUCCUAUGGCACGCAAUAUUUCUGCCAUGUGCAUCUUUCUCCUUCCCUUGAAGACCGAUCUAUUAACCCUGUAUCACUUCCAACGUCGCAUCAACGUCAACUUGCAGAUCGCCGGAAGAAAUGUCCCAGAGACCCACCACCACCGGGAGCUCAUGACCCACCAUCGGCCCCAAGUCUCGGGAGCUUCAUUAUAAGGCUCCGGCUAACGCUGACGUUUGUUUGUCAUGAGCUGUACAUAAUAAGCCGAUCGACCUUGAAACGAGGCAGAUCUGUUUCAAACCUGACCUGUGAGCCUAUGAUAAUCUCUUCUGUCGCGUCUGGAGAGCCUAUUCUUUGUACUUGGUGGUAUGUUUUGUCGCGUGAGCAUCGUCUUUUGCCCCUCCUCCAAUUACAUGGUAACGUGCUGCUGAUCAUCCCCAAAAGAUGAAAGGUAUGCGUCACCAGGAGCGCGCGUAUAACAUCAUGUCGAGCCCAACAUUGACGACAGCCUCAUCCAGAUAAGGAUAGCACGAAAGCGCUCUCGAUAGCUUCUACCAGAGACUGACGAAUGCAUAUGUCAUCACCGCGGUCAUGACUCAACGAUAUAUCUCGAAUAACCUUCCGGCCCAAAAACUUGGCUCAGACCCCAAAGAACUCCUCACGUAUGCUCUUGAACUCGUCGUACGACAUACGCCGCCUCGUGAGAUCUACCAUGAACGCCAUCUUG